AUGUAUACUGGCGCCGGAAGACUCGAAGGUAAAGCCUGUAUUAUCACGGGUGCUGCUGGGUAUUGCACACUUUCGUCAGAUUUUAGCCAUCACACAAGCUCACUUGGUGGACACAAAUAGUGGUAUUGGUCUCGAGACCGCCAUUCUCUUUGCUCGCAAUGGUGGCUCCGUCAUUCUUGCCGAUCUUCGUGACGAGGGACUUCAGGCAGCCAAGCGAAAGAUUGAGAAGUUGGCUCCAGGAGCCAGGUUCAAGAUAUUCGUAUGUUCGAACCCACCCCCAGAGUGUUAGCUCAGGCAGCUAAGACUGAGGAUUGCAGAAAUGUGACGUUAGCAACGAGGAAAACGUGAAGGCACUGGUUGCGGAAGCAGAUGAAUGGGGAGGUGUCGAUGUUAUGUUUAACAAUGCCGGUAUCAUGCACAAGGAUGUCAGUCAAACCCACCCGGAAUUAGGGAAGUGAAAAUUCUUGUCAAGGCCACAGCUGACUUCAUUAUAUAGGAUGAUGAUGCUAUCUCCACCUCCGAGGAUGUUUGGGAUCUCACCCACAAAAUCAAUGUUUGUUAUUCCCCUUUCUGAUUCGGAGAAAUCCAGGCUCAAGGACAAUCUAGGUCAAAGGUGUUUGGUACGGUUGCAAACAUGCUGUCUUGUCGUUCCGCAAGCACAAGAAGACCAAGGGGUCUAUCAUCAAUACUGCGUCCGUCGUGGCCCUGGUUGGCAGUGCUACGGCGCAAGUUGCAUAUACCGCCUCCAAAGGUGCAGUUUUGGCACUUACUCGUGAAUUAGCCAUGGUCCAUGCUCGGGAGGGUCAGUCUCAUAUAUCCUUUAUCACCAAGCCACAAUCUAAACUAACCCUUAUCUCUUGCAUAGGCUUCCGCUUCAAUUCUCUCUGCCCUGCCCCCCUUAAUACACCCCGUAAGUUCUGGGCGGGAUUCUGUGCUGUGUGCAUACUUGAUUGCAUCGAAGUUUAGCUAAGCUUGUGCUACAGUCCUUCAGGAUUUCCUCGGAGCAGAUCAAGCAAAGCGUGCUCGCCGUGAAAUCCACUUCCCCAUGGGCCGUUUCGGGGAAGCAAUCGAACAAGCACAUAUGGUGGUAUUUCUAGCAAGUGACGAGAGCGGCUUCAUAACCGGCCAGGAAAUGGUGGUGGACGGAGGAAUGACUAAGGUAUUUAAAUCCAGCCCCACCUUUACUUCCAAAGCAUACCCUAAGAUCGAAAUGUAGGCCUACGUUACCCCCGAGGGCCCACCCGUCCCGCCUCCAUUGAACAAUGCUUUCAACCGGUGAUACUGGGAUUUGGAGCUAGGGAAAACACAGAUGUUCCCUUUAAUUGACGAACACUAGUGGGCGUGGACUGUUUAGCACAUGGAUGUAGGGGUGCUCAUGGAAUUUGAAAUGAGGAUCAUUGUUAUGAAACCGAUACCGUCAUUUAAGACUAUCCGCUUAGCGGGAGUGGAGCAGCCCUUCCUAUCGCGGAGAGAAUAUUUAUUCAAUUUCUUAGAGAA